AUGGUUGGAAGCAAAAACAAUGGCGACAUGCAAGAUAAUGUCAGGGUUGCUGCUGAAAAUUCUUACCACUUCAAUCCUAAUGUUGUUACCAUCAAUGCGGGCACAAAUGACUGCACAGGAAAUAUCGACAUUCCAAACGCCGGUGCACGCAUGAAAAAUUUGAUACAAACGAUUCUUGGCCAACCUGGGUGGGAUAGAACCACAAUUAUACUAUCAACACUUAUUCCGUCUGCAAAUGGAGAUACUGAAGCACCCCGUGGUAGCGUGAACGACCAGUACCGAAACCUCGUCAAAGAUAUGCAAGCAGACGGAGUGCGCAUAGUUCUCGCUGAUAUGGACCCUCCAGUAGCAGGUAAUGGCUGGUUAAGCUAUCCUACCGACUAUGGUGAUCUAGUCCACCCAAAUGACCAGGGUUAUGCCAAAAUGGCUUACGUGUGGUGGGCUGCCAUCAACAAAGCUAGAAACGAUGGACUUUUACAGCCACCGAACAUCUCCAAAAUCGAUGAGGACUGCCAUAAGAAACCAGGAGAUGGGGUAUCUGCCGGCGGCCUCACCCAGCAAGUAAACGGCCUGGAUGACGGUAUCUACUAUCAUAGUAGUGUAGGAAUGGGCUCGGUCUUCGAUUUCUCAAGUAAUUUUGAUCGAGGCCAGUGGUUCUUUGCAAAAUUAUUCUCAAGGGAUCGGGAUGAUCUCGUAGGAUGGGUUGACCAGCCUGAUGGCACUGUCGUGUACGCCGUCUAUAAAAACAAUGGUGGAGGUUUCCCGCGGUUUACCAAAAUUGACGACAUGACCGUUCAUGACAACUGUUUAAUAUCAGAAGUAAAUUUUGUGGAUAUUAACGGGGAUGGACUGGACGAUUUCGUUUGCAUCGCAAAGGACGGGGAGGCUUUCGCUUCUAUUAACAACGGCCCCUCAAGUGGAAGUUCCCCGACAUUCACUUCUAUAGGUUCUAUCAAGAUCUCUGAGCCCGGCUAUGAUCAGUCUAAUAUACGCCUUGCUGAUAUAGACGGCGAUGGACGUGCCGAUUACUGUGCCUCUAAUGCGGCUGGCGACAUAUCCUGCUGGCGAAAUGGCGGAAUACGUGACUUGAACGGUGUUCGGUUUGUGGAUAUAAACGGCGAUGGCCGAGAUGACUGA